AUGAUAAUCAACUUAGUAGCGGAGGCAUAUCCAAUGAAAGUGGCGAUUCUACUACUAGUCGCGUCGUACAUUGUCAAUGUUUUCACAUGGUCGUCUGCGUGGACGUAUUCGUCGCCGGCGACGCGACCGGCUACUGCAAUCUCUCCCUUCCGUUGGCUAGCGACGUCGAGUAGUACCGAAGGUGAUGCGUUUUCGAGCUCUGUUUCAGAUGCUUCAGAUUUACUGCAAAAAAUUAGGAACAUGUCCAUUCGUAGCAUUAAGGAAGAACUUGUGCGGUACAAGGUUUCCACAACGGACGUGUUUGAAAAGGAGGAUCUCGUCCAGAGAUUGUUUCAAGCACGGCGGAAAAAUCCCACGCCACCGCCAACACCCAAUGCAAAACUGCGAAAUACAGCUGGUGUUAGAGACCUUUCCAAAAACGACAUGAUUGAGGUUCCGCUCUUGCUUACUUCCAUGGACAAAACGAUUCCCGUCCCGGCAGCGCACAUGCCAGCGAAUUACAAUACAAUGACUCCGACCGAACAACCCUAUGCAACUAUUCAAAUUGAAAUUCCUGGGGGAAGGACUCUAUCUUUAUUAUUGGAUACGGCCUGCUCCGGAUUUGUUUUGCGUCCGGAAGUAAUAUCUCGCUACAACUUGCCAAAAAUGUCGACGCCCGUGACUAUGACGGGAGCCGGUGGGACAACGGGUACCACUGGCUUGUCGCAGAUCCAGUCGUUUACCGUCAAAGGCGAUCCUCAGCAAACCCGUUUUGGACCUUUACCGGCCGCCGUGCAAGACAUUGGAGCCUUGCCGAAAGCUUUGGAUGGUAUCAUUGGUCUGUCCUUUCUCCAACAGUUUGUCUGCGUGGAGCUGAAUUUUCGGCACGGACUCGUGCGAUUCUUCCGCAAGACACCGCCAUCGAACAGCGAUGAUGACUGGCAGAUGAUUGCACACUCGGAAAUGCGUAUGUUACCGCGCUUGGGAAUUUACACCAUUCCAGUGCAGUUGGGAGGACGGGGCCCCGUGAAUAUGCUGGUAGAUUCCGGCGCGGCGUCGACCUUUCUCACGUGGAAAGGUGUGCAAGACUUGGGUUUGGACCGGACUUCACCGGCUAUUCAACCAAUUUCCGCCAUGGGUGCAUUGGGAUCCGACAAUGUAGCGAUUGCGCUCACCCAUCGUCUUCAUGUGAGUAGUACUCUUCAGUUAGGCAGAACAUCCUCGUACCCGGGUUUGUCCUUGAAGGGUCCGAGAGAUCGUUUGCCGAUUGAUAUUGGUCAAAUUCCCGUCGUACAGUCACUAGAAUCCGAAGGCUGCGGAGGCAUUCUUGGCAUUGAUGUGCUCAUGCGGUGUGGUGCGGUACGCUUUCACUUUCAGUCUUCAACCGGACGGACCAUGACUCUAUUCCAGUGA